GUAAAGCCCGUUCUCCACUAGGCGAAUUUAUUCGCGCGAACAGAUAAAAAGUAGGAAGCGAUCCUACUUUUUCGCCGCGAAUUUUUUCGCCGACCAAUCACGUUGCCGGAUUUCGGUUUUCGCUUCGCGUCGCGCGAAAAAAUUCGCCUAGUGGAAAACGGCCUUAAAUGAAGUAUUGUAGUUUAUUUGAGAUUGAGGAGUGAGGAAUAUGAAUCUGGAGUGAGGAAUUUGAAUUUAGAGUGAUGAAUUUGAAUUUGAAGUGAGGAAUUUGAAUUUGAAGUGAGGAAUUUGAAUUUAGAGUGAUGAUUUUGAAUCUGGAGUGAGGAAUUUGAAUUUGAAGUUAUGAAAUUUAAGUUGAUAUCUGAUUUAUUAUUGACGUUGCACUUGUGGGCCACCGUAUAUAAAUAAUAUGGAAACGGAGCAGAGAUGUGACUACUUUUUCAAAGGUGAUUAUUUUGAAUUUGGCACAAGAACUGAGUUUUAAAUGCAUGAAUCGUACGAUUUAGUAUCAAGAAUUUAUUUUGUCUUAAAUUUGUAUAUAGUUGUUUUAAUUGGAGAUUGUGGCGUCGGGAAAACAGAGUUGCUGACAAGGUUCACGCCAAACGGGUUUGAUUUUAAUGAUUUAGAGUCAAAAUGCACUAUGGGCAUAGACUUUAAGAUUAGAAGCGUUCAAGUCGAUAAUAAAAUGAUAAAAGGUCAAUUUUGGGAUACUGGUAAGUUCUAACCUGAAGUUCAGCCCCUAAUUUUAAAUAGGGCCUUACCAUUGAACUAUAAAUAAACUGGAAGGCUAACUCAGGGGGGGGGGGGGGUUGGGGAGUGUAUUUUGUUUUUUCUGAUUAUAGCCAUCAACACUGAACGUUAUUAUAUAAUUGGAGUUUAUUGAAAAAUCCAUUACAGAAAAUUCCCAAGACUUUAAAUAAAAGGGAAACAUUGGAAAACCACAAUCACACCACCACCUGCCAUUUCAGCUGUUUUGCAUUUUUAAACAUUUUUCGCUGAAGUCUCUAGCUCAAUCAAUAGCAAUUUUCAAUAGCUUCAAUUUGAUAUAUAGCCCGACGUUUGGGGUCAAGUAUUUCUGCUCAUAACUCAGAAAAACUAUUUUGGCUUCAUCAAAUCAUAGGCCUUCAUCAUAGCAGUUAGCCUUCCAGUUUAUUUAUAGUUCAAUGGGCCUGAUACAAAACCUGUCUAAACUGUGGGAUUCCUGUCCAUCUGGUAGGGCCUGAAUUUCAGGUUAGGUAAGUUCCUAAUGAUGUGUUUUUACUCCAUGUUUUUAUUUUUUAUUUUUAAUCCCCAAAAAAAAACAACAGGCUUUUUAUUAAGGCCCCUAGAUUAGGAUUAACUAUUUAAAUUUUGUCAGUUCAAAACUUUCAAAACAAAACAAUAACUAUAGUCUAUAAUCUUAUAUACAAAGUUGAUUGUUCAAUUGAUUAUACAUAGUAGCAAUGUAAAUUACAUGUAUAACCAUGCACUACCUAGCUAGUACAUAUUAACAUAUAUAUUAUAUAUAAUUAAAUAUACACACAUAUAUAUACAUAUAUAUAUAGUUGCAAUGUAUACGUAUAGAAACUUCAAAAAGUUCAAAAUACAUGAAAUUGGAGUUUAAUAGUUUAUUAAGUCUAAGAUUAAAUACUGCAGUUUUGCAAGAGGUGCUUUUUAGCAGUGCUGUAAAAGUUACUCAUUUUUUGGAACUAGUUACAGUUACAGUCCCAAAAAAGGAACUAGUUACUGGUAAAAGUUACACUUAAAAAAAUGUAACUAGUUGCCAUUACAAAAUUACUUCAAUAUUUUUGUAACUAGUUAUAAGUUACUUCAAGUAAGAAAAAACCCAGUUUUUUUCAACGUAAUGAUUAGUGGUCAGCAGAUUGACGUUAAUGAUUUGUAAACGUUAUGUAACCUUACCACUAAUGGAUCUCUCAACUGUGUUAAGCACUGAAGCAUGCGUUGUCGUAGAAAACUGUGAGGAGAAUUUCGAGAACUGAGAGGUGAAUUGUAAAGUUUUAACCGCAAGAAUGUAACGAAAAAAGUAACAUAAACAUUGGCUAUAAAAGUAACACGUUAUCGUUUCAUUUUAGGCCAAAAUGUAACUUGUUACAGUUACCUUAUUUUUAAAGGUAACUAGUUACCGUUACAGUUACUCAAAAAGUAACGAUUACUUGUAAUUUCGUUACUUGUAACGAAGUUACUUACAGCACUGCUUUUUAGUUAUUUUUUUAAAAGAUUGAAGGGAUCUAAAAUUUUUAUAUAAUUAUAUUUUUUCUAAACCAUUCCAAAUAUCCACUCCCUUGUUUGAAAGAGUAUGUUUUACAUAAUUGGUUCUUUUAUAAGAUUUAUGAAGCUGUGAUUUUUUCCUUAUAUUGUGUUGAUGAACAUCUAAGUGUGAAAUAGUUGGUAAAUGCUUCGGGUAAAUUUUUUAAGUUAAAAUAUCAAAACAGAAAUAAACUGGUUAAAAAGUCAUUCACUUGAAAAAUGUUUAGUAUUUCUAAAUGUUUGAAAAUAGUUUCAAUGUGUUCAGAGUAUGACUUAGAAAUUGUUAUGUGCAUAAUUUUCUUUUGUAUAUUCAUUAUCUUUUGAAUUCUUGUUUUAUACGUAUUACCCCAGAUUAGGUUCCCAUAAAUCAGAUAUGGAUAGACCAGUGCAUAAUAAACUAGCUUUAGAGUAUUAAGAUUAGUAAAAUGACGUAUUCUGGAAAUUUUACUUGAUGCUUUUAUAAUUUUAUUAGAGAUUAAAUUAAUAUGUUGUUUCCAGGUUAAGCACUCGUCAAUAACAACGCCUAGAAAUGUAGUGUCUUUAACUUGCUUAAUUAUUUGUUCAUUUAUAGAAAUAGUUACAAUGUUUUUGUUUUUUCUUCGAUGAUCUAAAUAUCAUAAAUUUAGUUUUCGCUGUGUUUAUAGAUAAUUUAUUUAUAUUCAGCCAAUCCGAUAUUUUAUUGAUUUCUAUUAAUUUGCAUGACUUCAUUAAGUGUUUUUAGACAGGUAUGACUAUAAAAUACAUUAGUAUCAUCUGCAAAUAGAAUAAUAGAAACUAUUUUACUGCAGUUUUGAAUAUCAUUUAUAUAUAAUAGAAACAGCAGUGGCCCAAGUAUUGAUCCUUGGCAAAUAUUUUGUGCAGACAACCUUUUACUACUUGCUAAUAUGAUUUCUGUUUUAUGAAUUGUGUUUUUAGCUGGGCAAGAAAGCUACAUGUCAGUGACUAGGCAGUAAGUAAUUCAUUGUAUUAUAUAGUUUUAUUUAGUGUGUUUAUUUAGGCAUCAGGCCAUUUUGUAAGCAGGGCCUUUUUAUGAGUUGAACAUAAAAUCAUGUCAAGACUGGUCUUAUAUCAAUUAAUUAGUUUCAAUAUUUAGUUGGUUCGGGUGUAAAAUGCUACUUAUUGUGAUGUGCAAGGGUGAAGAGUCUAUCAACAAAUAGAUUCUGCUUUCUACCACAGUGCAGACAAAUCUCACAACUUGUCAACAAGAUGUGUUUGCAACAGGCUUGUAGCAAGCUUGUCAACAAGUUGUAACAAUGCUGUUAUUUUAUCCAGUUGCUACAAGGUUGUCACUCACAACUUGUUGACAAAUUAUUGAAUUGCAAGACAAUAACAAGUUGUUGGAACAACUUGUAACAAGUCUGUUGAGCUCAACAACCUUGCAGCAAGUUGUCAACAAGCCAUUGACAACAUGCCAACAAGCCAUUGACAACAUGUCAACAAGCUGGGAACAAGCAGUGCGAACACAUCUUGACAAGUGCAACAAGUCUGCUGCAGGUUUGUUACAACUUGUGUGUUUUUACGUGUGUAGACUAGGGUCUAUCCAGUUUAUUAUGAGAUCAGUUUUGAACUUGAAAUGGAAAAGCGAGCGAGACUUGAAACUUGGCAUUAAUUAAUGUUCAGAAUAUUAACGAGCAUCUUACCUUAAAUCAUUCGGGGGGGGGGGGGAGACUUUCUCCAAGCCUAGCUAAUUUUAAUAAAUAUUACUACGUUUUAUUAAUAGUCUUAAUACUAUAUACUUUUGUUUAUGUUUUUGUUAAAACAUGAGCAGCCGAUCUUUAUCUGAUAUACAAACUGGAGCUGAAGGCGAGAAUUCGUCAUGAAUUAUUAAUGAGCUUUUUAAAUGACGAUGAUAUACUAUAGUGAAAGAAUGGCACAAAAUAACGUACUACCGGUAAAUGUUAUAGAUAAAAGUGAUUUAAAUUAAUACACCCUUAGGACCACCUUAAUUGGAAUGGAUUUCAAUUUCCCUUUCACGGGCUAUGGGGAGAAAAACAGAACAUUCUUCUUCAACACAAUCAUAAAAAAGAAUUUUGGAUUUUUACCAAUAAAUGUGCAAAUAAGCUUUAACACGAAAACGAGGCUCCCCCUGGGCAGCGCAGGAGCCUCGUUUUCAUGUAGUAAAUCAAUUUUUCUCAUUUCUUCAAACAAAAAUUGCUUCAAAGCUUAAAUUGUGUGAAACGUAAUUUUCCAAAUAUAUGCAUUUGAAAAUUGAAAUCUUGCUUUAAUAUCCUCAGUGUGUGCUUAUCCCACUCCUGACAAACAGCCAUAUUUUUGAGAUCAGUGAGAGGAGGCCCACCCAUGAACCAUAGUCACGCGCCCGCGAUCAUUUAUGAACUUUAGACUUCGCUAAUGCUUUCCUUUCCCCGGGAGGCUGUAAAUAGCCGGGUGGAAUUAGUAUCCUCGCCCCGGGCUAACGCCCGGAACGGCGCUUCGCAUUGAAGAAGAAGAACUAAUAUAAGUAAAUCUAAAGGAGAGCAAAUUAAUUUGAAGACUGAAAUUACUAACAGUUUGAAGUAAAAACAGUUCAUCGGCAAAACAGUUUAGUUAUUAAAAUGAAGUACAUUUCAAAACAUUUUACGAAGCGAUUCAGGGUUAAAUUUUACAUUAAAUCAAAGCUCACAAAAUCAUACCUACAGUACAUAUUUUGGAAAUUCAUUGUUGUAUAGUUAAAAGCAAUAAUCUUUCAAUUGUUUUUGCCGUGUUGCACAAAAGUAUAAUAAAAAUAAGUAUCCGACGAGUCGUCCCCAGUCAUCUUUGUGAGCACGCGCGGGCGACGCGUGGCGAAUUGGAAAGCGCUUCUUCCUGGUAGAAUGACAAAUUAUCGGCCAUAAUGCAGCUUGAUAGGCUAAAGUGAAAAACGAAAAUGUUGCUUAAUGUACUUAGGAAAUAUUUCUUUAAAAAUCUUGUCUGGAUGGAGUUUUCUUCUCUGAACUUUUAAAACAAAUAGACCUUAUAGACGUGCAGAAAUACAUAAACUAAAACAGCGGGUUAAAUUGGUUAGUGCUAAUCCAAAUUUGAACAACCGGCCCCUGUAAUGUAUGUACUCUAAUUUCCACAGGUAUUUUCGUUAUGCAGCGGGUGCAUUGUUAGUGUAUAAUAUUGCAAAACGUUCGACAUAUGAGGGUGUGGAAAGAUGGCUGAAGGAGCUACGAGACCAUGCUGACAGUAAUAUUGUCAUCAUGUUAGUUGGCAAUGAAUGUGAUCCGCAGCAUCUUAGGGAGGUCCCAACUGACGAGGCUAAAGCCUUCGCAGGUAAUUUGCUUCAGAUUUCCACUUGACAAUCAUCUGAGUAUGCCAGGUUUUUUCCAGAUGUUUUUUUUACCAUAACUGCCUCGCCCUAAUAUAGAUUAUUUAUUCAGCAAGAUACCUUCUGAUUGAUCAUCUUUUAAUAUAAGUGUGACUUAUAACUGGGAUCCUCAAACAAACUUUUCCAUUGUUUAGUUGUGAAAAUAUGCCGAAUAAAACCAUCAUAAUAUAGAUGGAGCCAAUAUGUAGGUUUAUAACUUACAAUUCAGUUGUAUUUUUUUUAGAAAAGAACAGUCUAUCUUUUAUUGAGACGUCAAUCGUAGAUUCAACAAAUGUUGAACAAGCUUUCCAAAAUAUUUUAACAGGUAAAGCUCUUUACUUCAUCAGAUUAUUAUUUUACAGAUAAUCGUUGUGUUCUAGUUGGAUAUACCCUUAUCAAAAGUAUGUUCGCUAUGCAGCAUUGAUUUUGUUAUUGAGACUUUACAAUCUUCAAUUAUCUUAUAACAAGUAACAUGUUUACACCAUCUCUCUUAACUAUUUUAUAAAUAUCUUGAUACAGAGUUUGUAACUUGAAAGAACUGAAUGUUCUUGAAUUUGAAAACAAUAAUUCAAGGCCUUGAAUGUCUUGGAAUUUAUAAAGAAGUGCUUGAGAGUCCUUAAAUUCUUCUUGCUUUAGUUUAUGGAUAUUUUCUGAAAUUGUUUGACAUUCAAAACGGACAUUUUGUUGAAUUGAUUUUGUUUGUUUAUAUCUGAGAAAGCUGUUUGAAAUUCAUUAAAGUUGCGUGUUGAACAAUUCAACGUCAGAUUUUACUGAUUUCUAACCCCUUCUCUUCAGUAUUUAGUCAUUGAAUUUGCUGAUACAUGGCCUUGAAUGUCCUUGAAAAGUUCUUGAAUUUGACUUUCUCUGACAUGUACAAACCCUGUUGAUAAGAAUUUGAUUUUGAUACUCGAUCACAAGGCUCUAUAGUAUGGGCUCUAGUUCAUAGUACAUGUGCUGACCAACUUUCUCUAAUCUAUUUUGCAGAAAUCUAUCACAUUGUAUCACAGAAACAAAUCAGUGAUACUCCUUCAAGCAACCACCCUAGCAACAACGUACAGACGAUUUAUGUUGCGCCCACAACAGACUCUGACAAGAAAAAAGUGAAUUGUUGCAAUGCUUGAACAACGUCCGUAGCAUCAUAGAAUUCCAAUUACGUUGAAAUUAAACCAAAAACAUCCCCUUUUUACGAUCAAUCAAAUGUUCAUACCCUUCAAUACAGCAUCUUAAAAUACGAUGUUAUAAUUAUAUAGAAAAUGUGAAAAAUAUAAAUAUUUAACCAAGUAGAUUUUGCAUACGAAACUAAUUUGUGAUAACAUAAGAAAUUUGAUUCCACUUGUUAUUAUAUCAUUGAAUUAUUUUGUCUUUUAUGUAAGUUUUGUUUGUAGUAAUAUGGUAUAUUUGUAGAACAAUGUUGUUGGCUGGUGUUUAUUUGUGGUUAGAUUAUUUUUUAAGGCCUUACAUAAGAGCAGGGGAUAUGUGGCAUAAGGGCAGAAUGUUUUAGUUUGAGGCCCAUUUACACAGGCAGUUUUUGCAAUUAUCGUUUUCUGAGUGGAGGAAUUGUGGAUGUUCAGAUAAAAGAUACAUCCACUCAGAACAUUCCUAACUCCCCUUGUUCACAUGCAUCCCAAGAAGAAACUUGUACUAGAAGAAAUUGCAGCAAAAAUUGUCACUGAUAUGUAUUGACGAACUAUCCGGGGGGAGGGGGGUUCGCACAAAAACGGAAAGAAUUUGCCAAGAAAAAGCAAAGAAAAAUACCUUUAAAAUUUAAAAUUCUAUAAAAAGUUCCAGCUCAAGCAGAAAAUCCUUGCUGAAAAUCCCCCUGGUUUAUAUUAUCAAAGUUUCUGUGAUCACAGUAAAAGUAUAAAAGCGUUUAUAAAUUUAGUGAAUAUUUAUGAGCAG